UUCCGUCCCGUUAAAAAUCCCUAUUAUGUUGCCCCUGACCCAGACCAAGACCACGUAAACCCUGAAACUUUGCACCAAUCAGCGUUAAGAAGGCCACGAGCUCAGCCAAUCAGCGUCGAGGAGGAGCCGCCGUCAGCCAAUCAGCGCCCAGCCCGACUUUGUUUUGAUGCCGUUUAAAUCUUGGGAGCUGCGGCCGGACGUGUGUCUCAAGUCAUAUUUUUAGGGAAUAUAACUUUUAUCCAUUCCUCUUCCUCCUCCUCCUCUUCCCCAACACACCCCUACCACCACUACUCUCUCCUUUAAUCUUCAUCAUCCCCACCUCCCCACUUUUCCCACAACCCCCUCAUCCUACCACUUCCCUUCCCCCAUUUCUCCCCUACCCUUCACCCCACCACAGGCCUACCAUCCUUAGCAACCUUCCCCAUACUUCCCCCUCCCUCCCUCCCAGCUCCCCCUCCCCCCCUCCCCCCAGCACCAGUGAGGGCGAGGCAGGAUGGAGGACGAGAAUUGUUUGCAGCAGAAUACCCUCGAGGAUGUGUUUUUCUCGGUCCUCAACUCAAAGUCUGGCUGCCGUCUUUCUCGGAGCUCUCGGUUGGGGCAAAAAAACAGACAAACACCCUCCUCCUCCCUCUGUGCAAGUGAGCCAAGACCAGAGGGGAACACCAGGUCAUUCUUCAGACCAAAACUAGACCACCUGAAGGAGAGGAGAGCUGAAAGUAAUGACAGACAAAACUACACCUCCUCCACCACCACUACGAAUCCCUCCGUACCACCAGCAUCACCUCCACUCCAGCACUGCCACUUCUCCACAAGAAAGCUCCGAAAAAAUCACUCCAUAUCCACUCCGGAGCUCCACACUAAGACCAUGUUAGGCGGAGGGGAGGGUGGAAGCAAAGACGGAGGUGUGAAGCCAAGAGCCGCCAGAGAAGUGGAUUUCCUCGCUCAUCCACUUGAGAAGGAGAAUGCACAUCCAGGAAACACCCACGGCCAGUCAUCCGCUUCCUCCUCCUCCUCUUUCGUACGGCCUUUCAUCUCUCCUUCUUCUCUUCUACAUCCUAACUCCUCCUCUUCCUCCUCCUCUUCCUCACAUAAGCUAACUUCCUCCUCAUCUCUCUCACAUCUCCACACCAUCCCCUCCUCCUCCUCUUCCUCCUCAUCUUUGUCUCUCUCCCAACCAUCCUCCUCCUCCUCUUCCUUUUCCGCCCUCCGCCAACCCUUCCGAGAGUUAGUCACCCCCUGGAAACCCCCUCAACCCCCCAAAAAGGAGGGGGGACUGACAGAUCUCCCCUCCCCCUCCCCGAUCCCCCCUCGUCAAAGAAGGAGGAUGUUGCUGCGCCAGUGCCCCUUCACCCCCAGCAUCACCACCACCUCCGUCACUGCUACCACCCCAUCACCACCACAGGAAGCGAUAACCACUACUACCACCACUACCACCACUGCUGCUACUACCCCGUCUCCUGACCCACCCACCCCCUCCGUGGUCGCACAACGCGGCACACCUCUGGUCAAAUCGCGACACACACCCCAGCACAGCAUCUUCCCUCACCAUGCGUACAACUGUUCAAACACAGCGGGAGAGGUUAAUAAACUGCUACAUGGGCCAGAGCAGACACACGGCCAUUCUAACACAGCACGAGGGUCUGAUAAACUAUUACAUGGCCCACAGCAGACUAACAGCAGAUCCAACACAGCAGGAGAGAUUGAAAAGCUGCUAAGUAGGGCACAGCAGACAUAUAGCAGGUCAAACACAUCUUCAGAAGUGGGUAGCCUGCUGACUAGGGCACAUCAGCCAUACAGCAGGUCACACACAGCAACAGAGGUCAACUCAGCACUGUCAGUGUCACGCAAACACAGCCCAGAUGCCGUGGACUCACACAGCCCACCACAGACCGCAGAUGCACAUGUGGUUGGUACACAUCCACCCUCUGACGCACAUCAACCCAAAGUACGCGCACACGUUAAUACGCACACAGCCACUCACACAAGUGCGCAUACAAACACAAACACUCACACCAAUACAACAGCGGAGGCAGGAGCUACUAACAACAACAAUACCCACAGAGAACCACCUCCACCAGCACCACCACCACAAGCUGCCCCAGCCCCACUUGGACCUCCCUCUGGAGCCAUCAGCCCCUCGGAGAUCAUGAAGGUUGGCAGCAAGCAGUACCUCAAGCUGAAGCUCCUUGGACGUGGUGGCUCCAGCAGAGUUUACGAGGUGUUGGACAAGGACAGCUUACAGGUGAGGGCGGUGAAGGUCGUUAACCUGGAGAAUGUGGACGAGGACACGCUGAACUCCUACAAGAAUGAGAUCAGCAUCCUUGAGAAGCUGAAGGACUGCGACCGCGUCAUCCAUCUCUAUGACCACGAGGUGAUGGGUAACAAGCUGGUGUUGGUGAUGGAGAAGGGAAACCUGGACUUCACUGCCAUCCUGAACGAGGCGCGCACCAAGGGCUGCCCCAUCCCGUUCUUCACCAUUCAGCACUACUGGGCCGGCAUGCUGCAAGCCGUACAGCAGAUCCAUAACCACGGCAUCAUCCACUCGGACCUCAAGCCGGCAAACUUCCUGCUGGUGGAUGGCACGGUCAAGCUGAUCGACUUCGGCAUAUCGUCAUCCAUCCAGAAUGACAUGACCAGCGUUAUCAAAGACAGCCAGGCUGGCACAUACAACUACAUGAGUCCCGAGUCUCUCCUGGAUAUCCACUCCGGCCCCAUCAUCAACAACCUGGGCAGCGGCGGAAGACCCACGAUCAAGAUCCGGGUGAAGUCAGAUGUCUGGUCGCUCGGAUGCAUACUCUACAACCUGGUGUAUGGCCGCACUCCGUUCCAGCACAUCACGAACCCACUACAGAAGCUGGCGGCCAUUUCGAACGCCAACACUCGCAUCGACUUCCCGGACAACAAGAAUAAGCACCUCCUGGAUGUGAUGCGUCUGUGCCUGCAAUAUGACCCCCAAAAGCGCCCUUCCAUGGAGGAGCUGCUUGACCAUCCUCUCCUGAAGGGCUGAUUGAAGGGGUGUAGGGUGAUUGGCAGCUAGACCUAGAGACAGAGGGGGAAAGGAGAGGUGAAGGCAGGAGAGAGUGUGAGUGUUCAAGAAAUUAUUGAGGGAUGACAAGUGUGUGUGUACCCCUAAAUGUACUCAAAAUGGUGUAUGUAUGUGUGUGUGUGUGUGUGUGUGUGUGGUGCUGUUUACAUAUCCCACCAUAACCUCAAAAAAAAAAAUUCAGACAAUCACAACUUUUCCGCAUUCUCUUGGACCAUAACUGCGAUCUGCUCAAAGUAUUAAUGUUCGCCUCUGACCAAGUGCAUCCUCCAUCGCCACCCGCCCUUGCGUAUCCCUGCCGUAAGUAAUUUAGCGAGGGUGGCUCCGUCAGUUCCCGUACAUUGAAGCUACGGUGGGAAUUUGACGUGACGUAUAGUAGUAAUUGUUGGUGAUGUGUUUUUGUUCCUUCCUUCCUUACUUUUCUCCUUUUUUCUUUCCCUCUUCGUCUUCUUUUUUUCCUUUCAAUCAUUUCUUCCUUCCUUCCUUUUUUUUUCUGUUCUCCCUUCCUCCAAUCCUUUCUCAAUUCUUUCAUCUUUUUUUUCCUUCCUUCCUUUUUUUUCCUGUUCUUCCUUCCUCCAAUCCUUUCUCAAUUCUUUCAUCUUUUUCUUCCUUUCUUCCUUCCAUUUUUCUUUCCCUCUUCCCUUUCUUCCUUUCCUUCCUGCAGUCCUUUCAUUAUUUUCUCUUAGUUUUCUUCCUUCCUUCCUUUUUUCUUUCCCUCUUCCCUUUCUUCCCUUCCUUUCAUUAUUUUUUCAUCUUUUUCUUCCUUCCUUCCUUCCUUUUUUCUUUCCUUCAUUCCUGUUCUUUCUUUCCUUUCAAUCCUUUAAUCUUUUUCUUCCUUCCUUCCUUCCCCACUUUUCCUGAAGACAUCCCUGACCAACCAUUGUUCCUGUCGUCUUUGGUGGGGGGGGAGACAGGGGGAGCACGUACUGAUAACCUCAUUGAUCAAUGUGAAAAGUAGGUUGAUGUUGACAGUAAAUUUUGAUGGUAAGAAAAGGAAGUCGGGCUCAAGGGACGUGUUAGGCGAGGGCAGAUCUUUGGUACAGCUGGCUAGGUGUCGGCAAGCAUACCCAUCAUUCCGCGUGUAUAUAUGUAUAUGUAUAGUAUUUCAUCAGCCAGCCAUAGGUAACAGUCAGUGGCUUAUGCAUAAUCUCAUGUUUCCAGUAUUCAAGCUAUGUAUAUUUAGGCUAGAUUUCACUGCCAGUACAUUGUGUGUGUGUGUGUGUGUGUGUGUGUGUGUGUGUGUGUGUAUAUGUUUGCUUCCCUGCCUGUCUUUGCGUAUAUCUAUGCAUUUAUGUAUACAAGUCUAUAUAAACCCAUAUUUCAUUAUCACUAGUUGUAUAUUUGUAUUUAUGUGUAUUUCAUUGCAAUAUUCCUCUAUGAUUUCACGUAUUCAUGUGUGCCAUUCCUGAAGUGUGUGGGUGUAUGUAUGUAUGUGUGUAUAGAUCCCACAUUCCAUACAUAAAGAGCUGCUAUGUCACGUUUGCUCUCUAUACACAAACUUGUAAGAAAUACUAUUCUCCAUUCACACAAACUUGGCAAGUAAGCCCCUCCCCCUUCCCCGUUAAGUGUGUCUCAUUGGCCAAUCCACCAGCAAGCCAGGCUCCUCCCCAUCUCAGGCUGCAGGUGAUUGGUGGAGGCUAAGAAAGGUCAAAUCUUUGGCUGGUGUGGGCGGGGCUUAUCUACCAAGGCAGGCUGAACAGUCACACAUCAUUUAGGACCUUUAAAAGUUCACAAAUACAGAAUUACAAGGUCAUACAUCAGGUAAUACAAAUGACCUAGUAAAUAACCAUAUGUGACUGUUACCUGUGUGUGUGUGUGUGUGUGUGUGUGUGUGUGUGUGUGUGUGUGUGUGUGUGUGUGUGUGUGUGUGUGUGUGUGUGUGUGUGUGUGUGUGCUCAGAUGUUCACUCUUCCCUUUUUCUUUUCUUUUCCUGUUUUGUAUUCGGGAUUAUUUCAUGUUCAUAUAUAUUUUUUACUCUUUUUAAUGUGCCCAAAUAAUCACAAUAAUAAUAAAAGAUUGGUUCAGCUUUA